GAGAUUAUCUUCGACCCAUGGUUGCAAAACAACAUUUGCUGUUACUUUUUUUUCCCGCGUGUAGCUGGAUCGGCACCAGAUUUCUCCAGCCACAUGAAGCCUAUUGUCGGAGGUCACUCUAUUUUAAGCACCCCUGCUGUAAGUUUCCGAUUGUAGAUCAUGGGGUAUCAUUUGGACGAAGUUAGGGAAGAACAGAAUUUAGCUCAGACAGAAUCAGUCGCAUAGGUCUACGUAUUUUGAGUCAAAACAGUGUCUUUGAUACCCGGUCCUAUCAAUAAAUGCGCAUCGACUCCGGCAUCUCAGGAUGUCUAACACAGGGGUCGCCAGACGACAUGAAUGCAUGUAUAUCUCUAAAUUGACCUUGCUAACAACAUUAGAAUUAGAAAUACCACACACUGAUUAGGCUUUGACGAACGGUGGUCGUUCUGUAAAUGGCUCAGAAAAAAGUCUGCGCGGAUGAGGUAGCCUAUGGUUCAGGCUAUUAAUAGGAGAGCUAGGGUGACGGAGUUUUGCUCGUGUAGACUGAGGGCUUCUUCGUGGCGAGUCGCCGGACACGGUAUAUGUAUUCCUCUUGCGCUGAUCGUUAAUUUAGUACAUGCGGUAGUAGUUUCACUUUAAAAUCAUGGACGUGUUAGACGUGUUAAAUCUGGGCGAAGUGUCCGUCUAUUUUUCAAAGAUGGCAAUGUUUCCAGUUUUUGAUCUUGCCUAUUACAUCGUAUCCAUACUCUACCUCAAGUAUGAGCCAGGCGCGGUGGAAGUGUCGCGCAAGAGUCCCGUGGCCUCAUGGCUCUGUGCUAUGCUCUACUGCUUUGGGAGCUACAUCCUGGCAGACAUCAUCCUCGGGGUCUGCCCCAUUGACUAUUUCCAACACAACACCCACAUCCUCCUGGCCACUGCUGUCUGGUACCUUGUCUUCUACUGCCCUCUGAACCUGUUCUACAAGUGUGUGGCCUUCCUGCCCAUCAAGCUGGUGCUGGUGGCUCUGAAAGAGGUUGUACGCGCACGCAAAAUUGCCGCUGGGGUGCACCACGCACACCAUGCCUACCAUCACGGCUUUUUCAUCAUGAUCAUCACCGGCUACGUCAAAGGCUCCGGAGUGGCUCUCAUUUCCAACUUUGAGCAGCUGCUGCGCGGCGUGUGGAAACCAGAGACCAAUGAAAUCCUCAACAUGUCAUUCCCAACCAAGGCCAGCCUGUACGGAGCCAUUUUGUUUACACUUCAGGAGGCUCAUCUUCUGCCCGUUUCCAAAAGCACUCUCAUCUGUGUAUUCACUCUGUUCAUGGCCACCUCAAAGGUGUUCAUGACGGCCACACACUCCCACGGAUCUCCGUUCGCCCUGGUCGAGUCCUGGGUGUGCCACCUGCUCUUCGGCUCGGCGCUCGCCGCCUCAGAUGACCACCACGCCCCCGCCCCCGCCGCCCCCGCGCCCGCCGCCUCCCCCGUCAAGACCAAGGAGGAGCUGAGUGAAGGAACCCGCAAAAGGAAGUCCAAAAAGGCGGAGUAGAUCACCUGCAGAUCAGCAAUGGAAAGAUGAAACAGAUGACACAUCCCACAGCAGCCUUACAGCAAAUCCACUGUCCUGUGGUCACCCCUCAGCCUCUUCUCUAGGCAUGGGGGGGCGCAUAGGACUUCCUGUUCAUUUAUACAGGAAAGAGGCAGGCGAUAUGUACCACUGGAUGCUCUUUUUAAAUGGUGCUUUAACAAGACAACUACGUAUUUAAUUAUAUUUAAUUAUGUAAAUAUUCUUCAUUAUAAUGAUAGGAUGCUGUAAAAAGCUGUAAAAUGUCCCACGUGGUUUUACAUAUUUAUUUAUAUAUUUCUCACUAGUCAACCCCUAUUCCUCUGCUUGCAUUAGGAUUUGGCGAUACAUAUGUCAGGCGUGGUGGAUUGAAAUCCAUUUGUUUAAUUCAGAUCAUUGCAUUUCUACCGAUUAAUGAUUUCAGAAAUAAUACGUGUGGAAUAAUCUAUUGAAUAAAAUGGUAGAACACUGUAUGACAAGAGAUUAAGCACCACUGGUUAGUAUUUUCUGUACAUGGCAACUUUUUACAUAGAAAAUAAACGAACGAAUGUCUGGA